AUGACAUUACAACAAUCAACUUAUUCUCAUCCUAUUAUCAAUGAUUUUGCACGUGAAAAAUUUUAUGAACUUGCUAAAAGACAUAUUGAUGAGUUAAAUCCUAAAUUUCGUAAUAAAGCUGUUAUCACUCGUGUUCAAAGCAAAAAAAUAGUCAAUGUACUUCAGAACAAGCUAUCUACUGAAAAGGUUUCCGGUCGUUUUUCGAGUAGCUGCCUAAUUCGACUUAUAAUAUAA